CGUUUUAUUUUGUAAAGCGGGGACCGGACGCGGUGUAUUUUUGUUGCUGUAACUUGACGGUGGUGCCGGACAGCUGCCACACUGGACUCGGACUGAGCCGAACUGUCAGCAUUCCUGUGAUGCCCCAAGGCGGGCUGAGCUGGCCGGGGUUGCGAUGCCUUACGUGGACCGACAGAAUCGCAUCUGUGGCUUCCUGGACAUCGAGGAGAAUGAGAGCAGCGGCAGGUUCCUGCGCCGAUACUUCAUCCUGGACACUCAGCAGGGAAACCUGCUGUGGUACAUGGACAACCCACAGAAUCUGCCUAAAGGUGCAGGGAAUGUGGGAUCUCUCAAACUCACUUACAUCUCCAAGGUCAGUGAUGCCACCAAACUCAGACCGAAGGCAGAGUUCUGCUUUGUUAUAAAUGCAGGGAUGAGGAAGUUUUAUCUGCAAGCCAACGACCAGCAGGAUUUGGUGGAAUGGAUCAGUGUUCUCAACAACGCCACCAAGAUUACUGUGCCAAAGCCAGGUGAGGGCCACACCACCCAUGCAGAGACUCCCCAGGAAGUACUCGGAGCCAUGAAACAGGUCUCCUACAAGACUGAGAUCAUAGGAGGGGUCCCCAUCAUCACUGCUACACAGGAGCAAGGGGACGGACAAAAUGGGGCAGAUCGUGGAGGUUUGAAGCGGUGUCAGAAUCAGCUGCCCUACUUCCUGUCCAGAGGAGCGCAGGACCAGGCCAUCAUCAAGGCUGGAUACUGUGUCAAACAAGGAGCUGUGAUGAAGAACUGGAAGAGGAGGUACUUCAUGCUGGAUGAAAAUGCUGUCAGCUACUACAAAUCUGAACUGGAGAGGGAGGCGCUGAGAGUCAUCCCACUGAAGGAGAUUCACAAAGUUCAGGAGUGCAAACAGAGUGAGCUGAUGAUGAGGGACAACCUGUUUGAGAUGGUCACCAGCUCCAGAACCUUCUACAUACAGGCUGACAGUCCAGAGGACAUGCACAGCUGGAUUAAGGCCAUCUCAGGAGCAAUUGUGGCUCAGCGUGGACCUGGGCGCACAGCUAACACUGAUCCCAGUGACCACCCUACUCCCUCCCCAACAUCCUCCUCCACCUUCUACUACAGCCUCGACCAGGAACCAUACCACCCACAAUCCUCCUCCGGUGCCCUCUCAGCGGGCUCUCAGCCUCACGCUGGACACGCACCAGCAGGACAACUUCCUGGGCCUGCUUCCAUGGAGGUUGAGCAGUGUCCAGUCGGUGAUGAUGCCCCUGCCCCCGGCGCGCUCCCGCCUGUCGCUGCAGGAGACGGUGCAGUCCUCAAAGUAACGAAGGGGGAGGACGAGUCCCUGUGGAAACGCCGCAGCGGAGCAGCUGAGCUUGGCUUUCUUGGCAGCGGCGGUGAGGAGGAGCUGAACCGUUGUACCACUGAGAUUUCUAACCUGCACAUUACACUGAUGUGAUGAUGAUGAACCUGAUGAUGAUGAUUGACAAUCUUAAGCCCCCUCACACACACACACACACACACACACACACUUCUGUACAAGCUCCAUGCGCUGAGAUUGCUCCAUGUGCUGACUGGCCAAAUGAUCCUCCUACAAAACUGGGACCAGUUCGGUCCUCCCUGGGACCAGUUUUUUGUAUGUGUGUGGACAUGUGGGAUAGGAUCUUCUUCCCCAGUUUAUUUCCUAUACUUUUGUCUUCCCACGUAUUACUUAUAUGUUGCUGCUGGCAAAACACAAACCAUGUUGUCAUGCAAAGAAAAAGAAACCUUAGAUAUUGUACAGUAAAGUUUUGAGAUGUUUCAGGAGUACAAGAACCAUGAAACCUGCUCAUAGCACCCAGAUGGUGGCUGGGUUUCACAGUUCAUGUAAGAAAGAGAUAAACCAAAGUUUGCAGUCAUGUGGUUUUUCUACAGCAGCAGCUCAGAUGUUACAGGCUGGAAGUGGCAGAUGUCUGCACCUAAUGCUGCUGAGAGACUGACUAAUCCAGCUUCUCAGUUUAUGUUUUAAGACAAUCCCUCUUGAUAUUAUAAACUCUUUCAUUCUGACCAGAGAACCAUUACUUUCUCUUCUCCCUCACCUCUGGUAGAAAAGGUCACCCCAUCAAACAGAUUUAACACUUUAGAACACCAAAGUCCAGAUACUAGGUAACUUAUUGAACUGGACUCAUGAUGACAAUGAGUCUCUAAAAUGUUAGUUUAAAAAGAAAAAGUAAGAAAAGCUUUGAGCUUAUAGGAUUUUCUCACUAAGGGCUUGGUCACACAAGCAUUUAUAACAGAUGAACAAUAAAAACUAUAACUGUCAUAACUGUCAUACCAUAUGUGUUCAUUUAAUCACUGCAAUCAGUGGAUUCACUCACAUGUAACUUAAAUCAAGGGAAAGCCUUUUUUUUUUUUUUUACAAAAUACAAAACAACUCACACAAAAAACUUGUUUUGUUUUUAGGAAAAAACAACAAAUUGAAAAAAAGGGUGAAGACAUGAAAUUUACUAAAACCACAGAGUGCAGCAUAUGACACUGUCUGCUCUUUGCUGUGUGAAACCUCCAAACAAAACAGGGGUCAGUGCUUAAAGUAAAACAUUUUUUUGUUAAUGUUUCGGGUUAAAAUACAAGAUAAGAUGACUCACUGCUGUGGACUGAAUGCACCAUUGAGGAGCUGAUUUUCACUCUGCUCACCAGCUUUACUCAUCUCAACUCCUGCACUAUACGUUCACGUUACAGUUGUUUUGUUAACUCCAUCGGAUGUUGUUGUAUUUGUUUGUUUGUGGGGAGACAUGAAACCAAACUCAUAUUGUUGAUUUGUUGAUCUGUAAAUGUUGGGGUUUUUUUGGAUUUGGGUGCUGCAAGCAGGGAUGGAAAUCCAAAAGUCCAAAACCUGGCAGCCGUUUUCCAGGUUUUAUGACUGUCAGCUCCAAGGCUGUGAACGCUGCACACGCUGUGUGAGAAUGGUUGUGGGUAUUUUUUGUCUGUUUUGAUGUGCUUUUAGUUUUGAUAGUUUUUAUUAUUCACAGUGAUGAGAUUGUUUUGAGGAAAAAAAUCUACAUAUAUAUGUUGUUUACUGACUUUUAUACACACGUGUGUGCAUGAUUGCAUGCACACAACCCUCCCACCCUUGUUGUUCCCUAUUAAACAUAAGCUGGGUAAAGUGCCUGCAUUGUUAUUUCUAUAGAGUUGAUUAAAAAAAUGAUGAGCUGUUUUGACCUUUUUAGUGUGUACUUGAUUCUAAGACCAUGUGCUCUAUUUAUUAAAAGAAAUGUAAAAAUAA